AUGAACGAGAGUAAAAAGAAUGGGGCUUACGAGAUUUUGUCGCAACGCCUGUUAGAAUUAGAAAAAAAAAUAGAGGUUGCUCGAAAUAAGUUAAAAAUGGCACGAUUAGAUGGGGAUCGAAAAGAAAAUGCUGAUUGGAACAUUCUCGAUGAAGAAUUAGAAAGUUUGCAAGGGCAGUACUUUUUCUUAAAAAAUAAGUUGCUUUUAGCAAAAAAUAAAACUGAGCCGAAAGUUUUAGUUACUUAUCGACUAUUAGCAAGUCGGAUUUCGAUUAAUAGUCCGCUUGGUCUAGCUUUAAUGAAUAAAAAAGAAGGAGAAGUUAGCGAAGUUCAAACGGAAAAAAGUAUUCUUGUAAUCGCAACUGGUAAAGGUUACUCGCUGGCUAAUUUUCGAGAGCAGCAAGUUGGACUUGACUAUUUAAAGGAAAAUUGCUAUAAAGUUAAAGCAAUUGUGAUUAGCAAUACUAACUUUCAAAAUGUUGGUUUGUUGGAAGAUAUUUGUCAAAUUUUAGGUCCUAGCGUUCCUCUCUAUACUAGUUUUCAUAGUAAAUUAAUUAUUUCUUAUCUUUUCCCUCAACUUAAAAGCAAAAUAUUAAAUAUUGAAAAGAAUCAUGAAGCAAAAAUAUUGCUCCAUAAUCCUCUUAGUGAGGUAAUUGAACAAGAAAAUCGAAAAAAAGAGGCUGAUGUAUAUUUAUUAGUUGUGGGCACCCCUCCAGUAAUUGGGGGAGAAGAACAAUUAGCUCGGUUAGUUGACUAUCUUUAUACUCACAGCGAAUUGAUAACUAACUUAAGCAAAAAAGAGUAUCUAAAUUUAGGAGCCAGUUUUUAUGAUUUUAAAUUAUUGAUACAGCUUCUAAAACCAGCCGGAGUAAUUGCUUUACAAAAUAGUUACAAAAAUGAAAAAUUUUUUGCCAAUUUACCGGGCAAGUUUUUGACCCUUAAUGAUGGUUAUUCAUUAGAUUUUUCUACUCGGAAAACUUCUUGUUUAAAGGUAAAAAGAGCUUUAAUAAGUUUGGAAGAGUUGCUAUUGAAACAACGGGAAAAUUUAGGUCAGUCGGGAUUGUUGAUUAUUUUACUUACAGUUGAAUGA